AUGAUUAAGACGGUAGAUGUCCCUCAAUUACCACCGUUAGAAGAAGUGGAAACAUUUGAUCAACAGGUGUUACAUCCUCAUAAGUUAUCUGAUUCUGAUGAUGAUGAAGAAGAAGAAGACCUGGAAUCAAUUCAACAGCGACCAUCUAGAACACCAAGAGCAAAAGAUCCUUAUGCUUCUGUCGACUAUUCCUAUUUAAUUUUACCUAUUAUAGUAUCGGUUGGAGCAUUUCUACCAAUCCUCUUUUGUUUAUGUAAACUUUAA